AUGCAAGGCCUCCCUGAAGGUGUCGUGUCGAGGACGCUGCCUGUCAGCGACCUGGACCUCCACUUCCUCGAGGCGAAGCCUCAGCCAUCCACAGAGAAUCCCCGUCUUGUACUCCUCCUGCACGGCUUCCCAGAGCUAGCAUACACCUGGAGAAAGGUGAUGGUUCCGCUAGCGAAGGAGGGCUACCACGUCGUGGCGCCCGAUCAGCGUGGCUACGGCGCUACCGCCGUGCGAGGAGCGCCAUCGCGCCCGAUACAGUAUGAGGAUGACCUCAGGCCGUUCCGCCUGCUGAACCUCGUCAAAGACAUCGUGGCGCUCGUAUACGCACUUGGGUACACGUCCGUGGCGCUCGUAGUCGGGCACGACGCCGGGUCACGCGUUGCGGGGUUCUGCGCCCUAGUGCGGCCAGACCUGUUCAAAGGAUUCGUCUGCAUGAGCGCGCCGUUCACGGGAGCACCUGCCCUACCCUUUAAUAUCGACGACCCCGCGUCCGCACCAUCCCACGCACCCGAUAUCACUCUCCUCGCACCACAGGUCGACGAGGCGCUCGCGGCACUCGACCCGCCCCGGAAGCAUUAUGUGUCGUACUACACUUCUCCUGUAGCCAACAGGGACCUGCUGGGGGCGCCACAGGGUCUGCACGAUUUUUUGCGCGCGUACUUCCAUAUGAAGAGCGCUGACUGGGAGAGGAACAAGGCUGCAAAGCCCUUGCCCGCCCGAACAGCUGAAGCGUUGGCGGUUAUGCCCGAGUAUUAUAUCAUGCCUUUCAACAAGAGCAUGCCGGAGGUCGUAGCAAAGGAGGCACCUUCAGUAGAGGUGGUAUCUUCUGUCUCCUCGCGCUGGCUGCCGGACAGCGACCUCGUGUACUACGUGUGCGAGUUCUCGCGGACGGGGUUCCAAGGCGGGUUGAACUGGUACCGCGUUGUACGCUCGCAAGAGUUGAGUGAGGAUCUGCUGGUGUUUUCCAACAAGAAGAUCGAGGUACCCGCCAUGUACCUGUCGGGGAAGCAGGAUUGGGGGGUAUACCAGAAUCCGGGGGCCAUCGAUAAGAUGAGGAAAGAUCUCUGCGAGAGGAUGGAGGAUGAGGACUUCAUCUUGGUCGACGGGGCUGGCCAUUGGGUACAGCAGGAGAGACCGCAUGAGGUGGCCCAGAAUCUGUUGAGGUUCUUGCGAAAGAUCGCACCUUGAGUAAGGCUAUGUAUAUGGCGUUGCAGGUAAAGGUGGUUCUUUGGAGGUCACAAAUGGGAUGGUCCCUGAUACGCGGAAAUAGAUCGGCGGGAUGGAGUUUUGUAUGUUCGGAAAUACGAGGUGUAUG